UGUUCGCCUGUCUCUUUGAACCAUGGUGACUCAAUACAGUCUUUCGUAACAGUUUUAAAAAUCAUUAAAAAAAUGCCAGUUCCCAGUCGUUUUUAGUGUUCUAUGGCCUGUGAUGUCUCAUAAUCGUUAGGUCUUUAUACUCGUAAGCAUACACAAUGUACAGUGAAACUAAUAAUUCGGCCAAAAUUUGAAGAGUACCACGUCAAGAAAUGGGUUCCAGGCUAAGAGAUACAGCACGGCUGUUUGAAUUGUUUUGUGAAGUGUCACCCGGAGAUCCUGCAAAGGAACCACGGGAGCCCUAUAUCAUCCGAAAAUAUCCUGAAGCACUCAGAACAGAGGACGAACUAAAAGAUGUUCCUAAAUUCACAUUCCCAUGUGAAUUAGAUAGUACAUUCGUCCAGCACUACUCAUUUGUGAUGACGGCUGUGGAUUCAAAGUAUACUUUUUGUUUCUGCCGAUACGACCCCAGAACAAACACCGCUCUAGUGAUAAUGUCUCAUUUACCAUGGCACGACAUAUUUUAUAAAUUAUUAAAUAGUAUAUCGAACAUAAUAAACAGUUCAGAAAAGGGAGAGCUGACGUCGUUCCUCGAGGCGUGUCGGAUCCGGCCGCCGAUGAGAGACCACACGCUGAAAGUGACGUAUAACGCGGGCCGAAGCGUGUUCUCUUGCCAAAAUCCAGACGGCCGACUUCCGAGCAUACCCGAAAAUUGUAACUUAACAGAGUACUUCAGUGCGGUAGACACCAAAUGCAUGGCAGGGUUAUGGGCAGCGUUGCUACACGAAAGACGAGUCGCCAUAGUAGCAUCCAAGCCCUCCCGGUUAUCAGCGUGUGUCCAGGCGGCCAAUGCAACCUUGUUCCCGAUGUCGUGGCAGCAUAUAUUUAUACCGAUACUGCCGAAACAUUUUGUGGAUUACCUGUUGGCGCCUAUGCCGUUCCUUAUUGGAGUUCCUGCUAGCGUUAUGAAGACUGUAAGGAUGUCGGAUAUAGGAGAUGUAGUAAUAUUAAACGUAGAUGAAAACGAACUGAGAUCUCCUUUCCAAGACUUAGAAAGUCUUCCGCCUGAAUUGGUAUCCAGUUUAAAGAAAGCUUUAAGUGAUAAGAAUGCAUUAGGAGAUGCGGUGUCGCGCGCUUUUUUACGUGCACUGGUUGGUUUAAUAGGAGGAUACCGGGACGCGAUAAGAAUCGAAAAAGGUCAACAAAUAACGUUCAACCCAGAGGCUUUUGUGAGAACUAGAAAAAAUAUGCAACCGUUCCUUAAAAAAAUACUACAAUCACAAAUAUUUCAACAGUUUAUAGACGAGAGGUUAGACUUGCUCAAUUCUGGCAGAGGCUUUAACGACGAAUUCGAAGUUGAAUGUAACGCCUACGCUGACAAACUAGGGACGGGCAGCGGCCAACGACUGAAACAGCAGUACAAAGACUGGGCCAAGACUGUGAAGAAAGAAGGCGGUGCCUUCUUUAAAAAUUUCAAAGAUAAGGCGAACCCCGCAGUACAGUCAGCGGUCAAAACGGUCCGGCAAGGAGGUAAAAACAUGAAGUCAGCGGUUAAAGGUCUGAAGAAUAAAAUACCCAAGACUGGGUCUCGGCCGUCGUCGAUAAAUACUACGGAUGAUAGCAGGUUCUCCUGCGGCUCAGUAACCCCAGUGUCCUCGGAUUCCUCUGACUCGUCGCCGUCGCGCGAGGCGCCGCUGCGCGAGCCGGCGCCGCAGCUCCCGCUCGACCUGCUCACCGAGAUGGAGCACCUCUUUAAGAAAAAGUCGAGGCGGGACAGCCUGCCCAACAGCCCCCACAAUCAGCUGAGUUUAGCCGACAAAUCCAAAACACUGUCACCAAGUGUCCCACCCCGGUUACCGGAUCGUCCCCAACUCCCCCUCCGUUACCCAAUAAUUUCCACGAGGAAGUUGAUAGACCUGUCCGACGCGCCCGAGCCGCCUCCUCGCGCGCAGCACCACGCGAACCACUCGCAUUUCGUCACUAACAUUACCAAAAAUAGUGACGCGAGCGAUUUUCACACGAGCACUAUUCAAUUCACGGAAGGCAAGGAGAAAGGCAAGCUGAAGCUGACCAUGUCGACCACACAGAGGAAGCUGUCGGACAGCUCGCCCGCGCCCGCGCCCCUGCCCGCGCCCAACGGCUACAAGCCGCCGCACGCGCAGGAACCCAAUAGCUUACCGAGGCCUGUGGCCCGCAACCUCCACAUACAGAAUAGAGGAAAAACUCAAGAGUCGUGUGAGUCCACUGAUCUCAUUAAACUGGACGAUUCGCCGACGAAUCUAGAAGAUUUCGAUCCUCUUAAGUGCCGUGAUAAAAAUGACAAAGUGGAGACGAACAAAGCGACGGACAGUGCUCUCUUACACGAGUACGGGUUGGACUUUAGCCAGUUCGGGUUCGGGCUGCUCGAAGCGCCGGCGCCGGGCUCCAGCGCAGAAGCCCCUCCCUCCGUCGUGCCCAAGGGCUGGACCACCUUCAACUGAGUCGUCGGCUCCUAGUACUGUAUAUCUUGCGUGUAGGUAAAUAACAUAUAGACCUGUGCUAAUUUAAUUAUUUAUUUAUUGCUACGUUUACUGUAGCCACGGAGUUUAAACAACAUGCUCAUUGCUUAGAAUGAUAUUGGUGUACAUAAUGUGACAUAUCAAUGAAAUGUAAUAUAAUGUGUUGGUAACAUGCCGUAGGUAAUGAUUUCUGUAUAUGUGUCGUAGGUUAGUGUAAUGUAAUGUAAUGUAAUGUCAUAUGUAUAUUUCAGAUAGAUUAAUUGUUUUAAUGUGCAGAAUAGUCAAUAUUUUUCAGAGAUCUUCCAUGUUGUUAUUGUUUUGAUUUUAUCAUUUUAUACCAUUACUGUAUAUUUCCGUGAUAUUUUUAAACGAAUAACUCGGCCUUUGUGAAUAUUCGAAAGGAAUCGAUUAGAAUAAUAUAUUAUUUCUAAAUCAUUACGCAGUGAUUACAACGACUCACUUUCGUCCAAAAACUGAUGUUCUUAAAUUAACCAUGGAUCUAAUAUAACAAAAUAUCAGUGUUAUUCCCAAAGAUUUCAGAAGAAAAGAUUAGGGAAUCCAUAUUCUUGUAAUGCUACAGCUCGAUUAAUUCGCAUCACGCGUGCGUUUCAUCGCAAAAAGUGCGCUUGGCUCGCGAUCGUGCACAGCGCUGCUGACACCGCCUUUACCGUCUGAAACCCUGUUCUUACGAAGUAUUGUAUAGAGUGGAGUAGAGAAUGGUAAUUCCAAAUAUUUUUAGCUUUAUAACACUUUAAGUUCUCGCGCUUUGUACAAAAAAAUAAUGUUAAUUAAUCGCGUUCGACCUGUGUGUGACUUUAAAUAUAUUUUUAGCUUUAUUAUUUCAUUAUUUUGUAUUAGUAUCAAAGGCAAAUUACUAUAAGAUACAUUGAAAUUGCACAAUUUGAGGUAGCACAUCGUAAUAAACUCAAGAAUAUAUGUUUUUGGAUGAAAGUAUUCGUAUCAUUUUCAGCUAAAAGUAGGUAGUUUUAACAAAAUUGUACUGGCGUUGCGCAACGUUUUAGGACCUUUUUGUCUUCGCGGCAGGGACAUAAUUAUCUCUCUGAGAUAUUGUAGUUGUUUUAAUAAAAGCAGGCUAUAAAAUAAAAAUAAAAUGUCAAAAGAUCGAUAUAUGUUACAGAGGGAAGCAAAACAGGUGUUCAACUGUUCAGCGGACACAUAGGUACAAUAUAGCACUUGUAAAAAUAUCCUCAUGCUCCUUGCGUUUUCCCCAGAAUUUUGCCACGGCUCAUGGGAGCUUGAGAGAAGUGACUGGCAUCUGACCGUUAAACUCGACAGGUAACUACGCCUUAUUGAGUCAUGAGAUUGGUUUCCUCGCGAUAUUUUCCUUCAUCAAAAAGAUACUUGAAAAUAUCAAAUCAUACUUGCCACAUACGUUCCGAAAAACUCGUUGCUACGUGUCGGGGUCGGGGCUUAAACUCAGGAUUGAAAGUCACGUGCCCUUCUGCUAAGCCAUCAGUGCUUCACUAUUUUGUUCACGAAAUAAAACUAUGGAAACGGAUUAUAUCGCGUAUAAUGAAUUUACAAUUCAUCCCGACGUUUCGAACACUUUACAGCAUUCGUGGUCACGGGUGACUGAGGAAAAAAUUAUACGCGAUAUAAUCCGUUUCCAUAGUUUUAUUUAUCGCGGUAACCGAAGACAAUAAUAUUUUGUUCACUUGCACUUAAAAUUAACCCUCAGUCGAGAUUGCCCCCUCCCCCUACCCCUGUACCUUAACCCCUCGUAUGCGGCCUGUCAAUUUUGAUAAUUGAAAAAAAAAAGACCUUGACAUUUAAAACAAUAGAUUAGAAUUCCCACGCACAGAUCCGUGUCUAAGCAUACGAGGUGUUAACUAAUCCUUAAGAAGUCUAUAUCGUCGCUAUGUAUGUCAGGUGCCGUGUGACAACAGCAUCUUUUGACAAAACAACUGAAUUCCUCAUGUUCUAAAGCGUAAAUAUUAUAUUUAUAAAUAUACCAAUUUGCUUCCAUAUUUUUUAGAGUAUUAACUGUAAUUUAUAAUUAUAAACUAUUAUGUUGUCAAAAAGUACAAUUAGCCUUUUUAUAAUAGGAUAAUGCGGUUAUCUUGUUCACACACUAGAUACAGCAUGGAUUUACCGAAUUUGUGAAAUCGUCAUUUCAUUAGGUGCUAAAAACAAUGGAAAGAUAGAGAGGAGACGCAUAUAAAUAUAUGUAAUUAUAUAUGGAAAAUACUUUGGACGUUAAAAUAGGAUUGUAAUGUGAAUAACUUUGUCAAGUAAGCAGUUGCCUCUUUAAUGUCAGUUGACUGACAGAAACUCUGGAGCCUGAUUUGAAUAGGCUCAAUAACGUUGGCCAGUCAAAUUUUUUUGCACGUAGCGCAAUGUUGUUAUUCUCUUAAUUGAUUGUCUCGGUUACUGGUCCAUAAAGUCAAAAUAUCAACUCAUAGAACAAAACUUAUGACAGUGGCAAUCUACAUACAAAGUAAUGCGUAACCAAUGCAUUAUUUGUCAAUUGCUAACUUUAUUCGAUUGAAGGAGGUGAAGAUUGUACCGUGACUUUAAUUUUAGCUAUAAAACUGAAUUUAAUAUCGCUAAAGUAGCAUGUUACGACCGUAUCACCUUCUGUUACUUGCUGAGUUUCUGGGACUCCGUAGAACUAAGUGACUAGAGUAUGUUCGGAAAGUGAAGAGUCGUGGAAUGUAUUGGGCCCCAUACAUUUCACGGCUCUUCACUUUCGAGCAGACUAUAGUAGUUUUUUUUAGCCGUUUAGUUAGGUACAGAAGUUUUGGUUAUGAACUGAUGCUCUAUGCAACAUACUCUGUAUGUACAGUGCUGGACAAAAUUCUUCAUACACCGACAUA